AUGGCGUCGUCAGCGCAGCAACAGCCUGUUGUCGAGGGGAGUAACAUACGAAUUACAUACAAGGUGCCUUCGACGUUCACAUCGUCAACAUUGCCCUCCAUCCACGAAAAUACCGUAAUCCUCGCCGUUACCCACCCGUCCAUGACCAGCGCAGACCCAGCCAAAGACGGGUCGUUUAUUUCCGACUUUUACGCCUUUAACUAUCUCCUAAAGGGUGAAGGUCAGGAACAGACGUGGCUCACAGCAACUGCCCCGGAGGAGGUGGUAGAUAAAUACGGGUCCUACUUAUAUGGCAACCCGCACGGAGACGGCAAAGUCUGCCUCGAUCGUGAAAUCCUGGACCAGAAUCAACUCACCGAUGUUACUGUGGUUCAGCCAAGUGAUAUGAUCGAGCGGUUCCUCUCCGAGGCGAAGCGAGCAUCAGAGUUGGCGAAAAGAACCGACGCGCCACUCCUUCUUCUGAUCUUCUGUCACGGACUCCCGAAUCAUCAUUUCCUCCUAGAUGAUGAGAAUCGAGAGAAUAAUCUGAGUAUGCGUACUUUGAAAGACGUCCUUGCGCCAGGUACCCGUACUACCCUGGUAACUACCGGUUGCUACUCCGGAGGGUGGGCAGUUACUCCAGAUCUGAACAUCACUGCUUCGACUGGUGCUGGUCCCACGGGUGAUUUACUUCAAGGCCUUUCUCUUUGGGAUAUAUCGCCGAAAAUCGAGCGAAGCUGUGGUUCGAUAUUCGCGGGUUCAAUUUUCCAAGAGCUAUCCAGCGCUGCAAGUCCCCUGCUAGAUGAUCCCCGUCAGUCUGAGCAACCAGAUUGCGAAGAGAGCCUCCAGCCACAGGAACCUACCGAUGAACAAACCCUGGCCUACGAUGCAUUCCGCCAAUCAGUGUUAGAUGCCUGUCAAAACACGGCUACGCGGCUUAGCUCAAGUUCUUUCCAGCACUUCACCUUCAGUGCUCAGAAUGAUGACUGGGAGUAUUCGUGGACUGGAAGGACUGGAAUACCACUAGCUCACUUUGAAGAGCGGUGGAAAAGAUUGAAAGCUUAUCCUUAUACAGGAUCGGAGGAGAAUAAAACCAAGCAGGCGGGAGAACAAGCGGAAGAGGCCGGAAACAUCGUCGACACCAUUACCGACCAAAUGGCCCAUGAGAGACUCAAAGAGAUGGCUAGGAUUUUCCACAAUACUACUUGUCCAUACGACUGGACCCUAAGUGACCAUGUAAGCUUGAGUGGUCGUUUGUUCUGCUUCUAUAAGCUGGGCUUGAACCUUGAACAAGCGGGCAUGUUGGAGGCAACUAUGCGUUUCCGGUGGGAAGCGGCACUUCUCGCAGACUACAUUGUCGAGACUUUCAGGCUUCCAGUCCCAUGGAAUGAGAUCUGCAUCAUGUGGCAUGACAAUGCUUGGGCGAAUGCGAUCGAGAAGAAGUUGUCGGCGCUCGUGGGCUGGGAGCCUCGCCUGAAGCUACAGGGCCCGCGCUUUCACCGGCCAUUUCGUUAUGUGAUAGCGGUUUUGAUAGAGGCUGAUACUCCGGAGGAUGAGAUAACAGCUAUCAAUAACGGUAUCAUAGAGGUCAUGAGAAACGUCCGGGCCUUCCAGAAUCAGCGCGUGUGCCAUAACGAAGAGGUGCGGCAUAGGGGACGUGAAUGGCUAGAGUCUAUUGGUCGACGGGCGCGAUGA